CAGAGUGUGGCAUGUGGCUAAAAAGCUAAACAAAAAUUGUUUUAAUAAAUGCAGCGGCGCGUCGUCUGCUCGUGCAAGUUUUCGCUGCCCGUUUCCCUAUUCCGUUUUCCCUUUGGCUGGCCCUUGGCAUUUACCAUCCUCCAUCUGGCGUCUGACUGUUGGUCAGUUGUGCAGUUGCAUGCGGCACGCGCUGCCUUUUUGGCUCUGCCGCCUUGGCCGCCGCCGUUGACACAACUGUUGCCCCGGACAGAGUCGCCAGGCAGCCGGCAGCCGGCAGCCGGAGACGCGAACGGACACGGACGGAUGCGGAGAUGGGUCCGGGCGGCAGACACGGCUUGGUGGCCAAAUGAAAAAUCACAGCGCCGUGCCAUCAACUGCUCAGCUAGCCCCAUAACUAUGCAAGGCAAGAGAAUUUUUAUUUUGCGGCUGCUGCUGCUGCUGCUGCUUGUGCACGCAGAUGCAUUUAAUGACCGACAACAGCAAAGGACACGAACUCCAUCCCAACGGAGUUGCAACGAAUGCUCGAAAUGGUCCAUCGAAAGAGCCGUUUUAAAUGCCAUACUAAAACAAUCUGAUAGAACAAGCUAUAAUUAUUUAUGGAGUGCAUUCUGCUGAGCUUAAAAUGUCUAAGCCGCUGGCUUAUUCAAUUGUUAUGGCGACUUUACAAGUACUUUAUUAAUGCAGAUUUUGUUAUACAUAUGCAUAUACAUAUGUGGUUAACAAAGGCUUUGAUACAUUUGUCAACAGCUGCACAAUCCAAUAUGUUUAUGCAUCAUUUUUCAUUUUUCUGUAA